GUUGAAGAAUUAUAAAAAAUGUCUCAAUCGAUACGCUUGAUGCUAUUUAUUUUUAUUGGUUGGGCUUUUCUGGGCAAAACCACAGGUGAAGAAAUAAGCACAGUCUGGAAAUUGAACGCAACAGAAAGUACGAAUGAUACAGUUACGCAAUUCCCAACGCAAGAAGGUCAUAAGCCUUCACAAAAGCUCAACAGAUGCGACGAAAUCAAACGAGUGUAUUAUAGAGAAUGGAACUCACCAACGACUACAAAGUAUCUGACCAACUAUCUGGACAAACUUAAAAGAGAAAAUUGUUCUGAGUUCGUUAAGCAAUGUAAUGUACAGACGUUUGCAUUCAACGACUUUACGAAGCUUGUGUACAAGCGAUGGUGCAAUUUCACUGGAUUUCAAGACAUGUGUAUGCCCGAUGUAAAAGAAGCAACGCAAUGUAUUUCAAAUUGCUCUCUAAGUUGGUCUCAGUUGGUGGAUAAGCUCGGAAGAAUGAAAUUAACAGAAGAAAUCAUCCUACGACCGUGUAUUCAAGUUGCAAUGUAUGGUGCAGUUGCUCAAAACCAAAGUGAAAAUAAAAACACCUACCACGAACUACAUCUGAUAACGGUGCCAUUUUGUGGUAUUGUAUGGUGUGGAUUCGAUAAUAGAAUUAUACAGGAGCACCAUAUCUCUCACUGGACGUGUAUGCCGCAAAUAUGUCGUACGAAUGUCAUUAUCAUCUACGUCUUCUGUGGGAUUUUAAGUUUCUUUGUUAUCAUUGCGAACGCAUCUGUGUUGGGCGUGACCAUACUGAAUAAGAACUUACGUCAUAGUCAGGGAAUUUAUAAAAUGUCGCUUGCAAUCGCGGAUUUAUUGGUCGGAUUGGUUGUCCUGCCAACCUUCCCUAAAAGCAUGUCCAAUCACUAUCAAUACGACCAGGUACAAGGCACGGAUGCGUGGGUGGAAUCUGGUGUCAACAACACCUGGACCGAUACAUACAUGCCGCAGGCAACUUCUAGCUUCACCUGGUCUUACUUAAGAGCUAUUGGUUUUUUCUCAACGGUCUCGUUCAUGACAUCAGUGUACUCACUUUUGAUGGCCAGUUUCGAUCGUCUGAGUGUCGUUCGUCUUCACCUUAAAUAUUCAAAAGAAGAUUCCAAGCGAUUUGCGGUUCGUGCAUGCGUGGUUUUGUGGCUCGUCAGCGCAUUUUUCGGUUCCCUUCCAUAUUAUGUAAGUACUCUAAACUACACUCUCAUUGCGUCAGUGUUUAUUGCAAGCUCUGGGUCAUCCGCCUUGUACCUUUAUAUUGUCACAUUUGCACUACCGCUCGUUACCCUGUGGGGGACAUCGAUUGCCACGUUAUGGAUCACAAGGAAACAUUCCCGGGUGGCGAGAAACAUGUUCGCUCAAGGUACAAACAAAGCUGGGAAACAUACAAACACAGAGACACGACUAGCACGGACUCUCGGAAUUAUGGUGAUGGUUUUUACUCUCAGUUUGGUACCAAUACUGAUUUCUCUUCUGCUGCCAUUUUUUCUGAGAGACGUGUACGUCAAGCGUCCUGAACAGUUUAACCAGUCCACUUUCUCGGCCUUAAACUCGUACGAGUUCGUCGCUGUUUUGAUCCUGGUCUGCAACAGCAUGUGGAACUUCUUCAUCUACAGUGGCAGGAACGCCGACUUCCGCACGGCAACUAAAGAUAUGUAUAUGCAAUUGUGGGAGAAGCUUGGUUUAAAAAAGCUAACGGGUGCGUGUUUUCAAACUUGCCGAAGAAAUACGGACGAUGAGAACACAAGGGAAAAUCGGGUUCUAUCUGUUUCAGAUUCAAAGUUCUGGACGACGAUAACUACGAUUCAACGGACAGCUCGAAAGAAGAAAAGUACGAAUGGUAAUUCGGACGAGCCAGACGAGAACGCGGUAUAG